AUGUCCAAAUUCAGUCAAUACCUAGGCGACCCGCCCGCCAUUGACGCCAAGUCAACCAUAGACCCCAUCGUGAACCAUGGCCACCAGGAUCUGGUCCAGGCCGUCGCAUUUAACAGCUACGGCGACCGUUGCGCCACUGGAUCCGUCGACGGCAAGAUUCGCGUCUUCAACAGGCACAAGGAUGGAAAGUGGCGCGUUUGCGACAGUUGGAGUGCUCACGGUGGUGAGAUUUUAGAGCUCCAAUGGCUCCCACCAACUAUCUACCCCAACCUCCUCGCCUCCCUCGGCAUCGAAGGCCGCUUCAAGCUCUGGGCUGAAAAUCCCUCGGCCGCACCAGGCCGGCGGUUCGGCGUCAACCUCAUGGGGCACGGGCACGGCGGGCACCACGGCGGCCAUCUCGGUGGUCACGGCGCCAGCACCUUAUCCUCCUCCCGUCGCGACGGCGUUGGUAGUGGCAUCGGCCUCUCCUCCCUCCAUUCCUCCGGCGACAGCAAGCCCACUCCAGCCUUCGACUACCGCAACCCGAAAUCGCCCAUCCGGUCCUUCAGCCUCAAACAUAACGACGACACGCGCCACACCUACCUCGCCCUUUUAUCAGUAGACGGCACUUUAGAGGUGCUAGAAAACGAAACCCCCGAAAACAUCACCGAGUUCAGCCGCAUCGACCGAUUCUCCGUGCUAACGCAAAAGCCCGCCCGUGGCGAAGAAACUUCCUUUCGCGUGCGCUUCGAUCCGAACCCCGAAGUGUGUUACACCGCGCUGAGGGCGGGCGUGCCGACGGAUGCACUGGGCUUGGUGGUGGCGGCUAUGGAUACUGUUAAGGUGUAUAGGACGAGGGACACGGUGAGCGCGAGUUUGGGGGUGGCGACUGCGGCGAGGGAAUUUUAUCUCGCUGCGGAGAUUCCUGGUUUGUCAGCAAAGGGUGGUGGUGAUGCGAAUGUGAAUGUGAAUAGCGUGGGACAUAGAGGGCUGGUGAGAGACGUGGCGUGGGCGCCGGGGAAUAUUAGGGGGUAUGAUAUUGUGGCUACGGCGUGUCAGGAUGGGUAUGUGAGGGUUUUUGGACUGUCGACGCCGGCGCCGCCACCGCAAGGGCAGGAAAGUAGGGGGUGGGGGGUGGGGGAGAUGAGGAGGCAUCAGGAUGGAGUUGGAGGAGGAGGCAGGAGAGAAGAUGGUGGCAGUGGGACUGCGGCUUCUAGAGCAUUGGCAUCACAGCAGGGGCAUGGGCAGGAUACGCAUCUUAAGUCGGGCAUUAGAGCGGGUUUGGCGGAUCAGUCGAGGAUGGGCAGUGGGACUGUGGGCGAUAGGAUGAGACUUGGGGGGCAGCAGCAGCCGGGCCAGGUUAGGCAUGUGGUUACGGAAGUUGCGAGGCUCGAUAGUCAUCGGACGCCGGUGUGGAGGGUCGGGUUCGAUGAUGAUGGCCAGAUUUUAGGGAGUGUGGGUGAUGAGGGGGAGUUCGAAAACAUACCAUUGACCGAUACACCCAACACGCCUGCCAACGCCCACAAGACCCCGAAACAAAAAGAUACACCACGCCGACCGACACCAGCCCGUCUAAUUACUGGCGAUGGUCUGGUUCCCAGCCAUGACUUCAAGCAGACCUCCGAGGAUAGCAAUGCUUCUACCUUCCUCCAUCGAAUGUUUUCUUUCGAAAGCCCAUCCGAAUCACCAGAACUGACACUGAUGCCGAACAAGGGUGGAGCGGAAAUCGGGACGUCCCUUGAUGCCGAAUCUUUCUUCAACCAAUUCUUUCCCGUCCGCAGUACCUCGUCAUCAUACCCUUCUGAAGGUGUCAAAAGCCCCGAGCUUACCGUUUCCCCUCCCAUGACCUUCGGUCGACGCAUCCUCUCUAGCCUGGAAGCUUACGGUUUCUCGAACUCCUCAUUUCUGCGAAGCAGUGAGGAGUCUGCUGGUUCAAACCAGCGUGGCAGACUGAAUCCGGUUGCCGUCGAGGGUGCCUUGAGAGAUCUCUAUCGCGAGCAGGAAGCGGCGAAGAACAACGAGGUCAUUGAAUGCGGAACCCAGCCCUCAGUGGCAGGCUAUGAUAGAAGUAUCAAGAUCACCGAGCGGGAGUUGACCAAGCCAGAGGUUGAGCACAUUGAGAACAUUGAGCACGAAAAGACUCACAGCCUCAACGGCAGUGACACCGACGAAAUUCUUGCCGACAUUUCAGCCGUCAACACAGAGUCCAUUAUCAGCCUAGCCAUUGCCGCCCUGCACAGGGGCAAAAGCAACAGCUCCACGCUUCCUAGACAACGUCCACGUUCAUCAGGUCCCAGCGGUACAGGUGUAACACCCUUUCCCUCGAUUGACAUGGCUCCCCGCGACCGCGCCUUGGCUUCUUCAAAAUUCGCGCUGUUGUCAGAAGAAGCGCCCAGUAACCUGUCCACGCAGUGUCUCCCUCGUGUGUCAACGGACCCUCCGCGUCUCUCAACCGAAUCUCCGACCACGUUGGAGAAGAGAUACCUCAAACCAAAGUCAAGAGCCGCACUUCCCUUCUCAUUCGGUUCACCUACCAAGAAGGGGAGCGUAGAGGUCGCACCCAUUGUCACUCCGGUUACUGAUAUAACGAAUGUUCCUCUCCUCGAUGGUGUUCAAGGAACCAAUGUCAGGAAGCCAUCAGGGCCUUAUCCCCGCCAGCAGCAAAACAAGAACAAGAGCUCCAUUUUGAGACUUCUUCGCUACAUCUUUCGCAGGCCGAUCAAAGCCAAGAAAUGGGUCGUUCGCAAGUUUCGUGCGAAGAGAAAGGGAGUCUCGAAGCGGUUCAGGGCCAAUGUCAAAGCCAGGAAGGAGAGGAGGAAGAUGUCUAAGAUGUCAAAGGCCAGUGGUGCUGCGAUUACUUCUGUUGCCGCUAAGGAGGUUGAGUCUGUUAUUGUGCCUGUUACCAUUCUCGAGGAAUCUGUCACGGAUCAUGUUGCUGCUAUGGAGGUUGAUGCUAUCAAGUCAGAGCUGGGGGCGGCUGAAAAGAUUGCUGGUGAUGAACACGUAGCAGUCCCUGAAAAAGAACUGAUGAUCAAAGCUGUUGUUGAGAAGAAGAUCGGGUCGGAUGUGGGAAGUGUCGAAGAGGUGGAGGAUGUUACUGUUGAGAUUCAUGUUGUUGAUGCUUCUACUUGCGUUGCAUGA